GGGAGACCCGCCCCACCCCAGGCCCCCUGCUGUGCCAGAGGAAGGAAAAUUAGCAGGUGCGCUGGCACCUUAGUGAUUUUAAAAGCAGAGCUAAAAGGGAGGCGUGAGGAGAAGGUGAGCAGAGCAAACAGAAGCGGAGUGCGGCACAGCCCAGCGAGAGAAUACGGAGGGUCUCGCUUUCAGAAAACUGCAGGUUUGAAAAUUUUGGAUUUCAAAAUACAAUGAGGAGGUUUACGCCUGAUUCACAAAGCUGGCAUUUGGACUGGACGCAAGGGCCUUUCUUGGUCCUCUGGGCUGGCAGAGCACACGGGAGUCUGGAGAGGGACACCUGAACCAGCCAUCGCUUUUACAGAGAAAACUGGUGCCAUCGUACCUGAACCACCUGGUACCCCAGCAAGCUCAGCUGUCUCUGCUUGAUGGUUUCCCUCCCCAGCAGGUGCCUGCUAGUCAUGCAGAACCUUUUCGGCCCAUCGAUGCAGAGCGCUAGCCUGGAAGAUGGGGAGAGACAACAGCUCAGGCCUAAAGCAGCACCUGGGGUCGCUGCUCCUGCCCCACGUGUUCUCAAGUAAUCCACGACGUGCGGUUCCUCUUCUGUUGGGAAAGGGCUCGAUUUCAUUACACUCAUGUACGUAAAAUGUCACGAGGAAUUUCCAAAAACAGUAUAACGCAAAGCAGGGCUCUCAUUUCCAGAAUCGUGACUGUUUUUCUCACCUUCACCAUCACUGCUAAUAACCCUGAGAAAUCUCUUAACGUAAGACCCGCCAACCCCAACGGUUUUCUUUACCUUUUAUGCACAUCUUCAUCAACUGUGAAUGGCAAUACAAAUCCUUCUUCAUCUAACUUAAUUUCAACAUCUGGUGAGAGAAGAAAGGAAAAAUUCUUCGUGAUACCCUCAUCAACACUAUCUUCCUCUCGUCCUGGUUCUGACUCCGUCCGCACCGCCUUUACCAACGGGGCUGAAGGCUGCAAAGUAAUGACCACACCAGACAGGCGCUCUCGGCUCCGCGGCGGUCCUGAAGGUCCCCCCUUGUGAGUGGGGUCCCCCCCUUGUGAGUGGGGGCUCCCCCUUGUGAGAGGGGGCCCAGCAUUCAGCGCACGGUCCGGCCCCUCCGUCUGACCUCCGCGCCGUGGAGUCGGAGCCCCAUCCCGUGCUCGCCGCUGCGGGGACCUAGCGCAGGCCGGUCACCCGCCCCUGGAGAAGCUGCUGACCGGCAGUGCAGCCUCCGGCCUGGCCACACCAGGGGAUGCGGCGGUUUCUGCUGCUGUUCGCCUCGCAGCGUGGCCAGGCGCAGGCCAUCGCCGAGGACAUCCGUGAGCAGGCGGCAGCGCGCGGGUUCUCCGCGGAUCUGCACUGCGUCAGUGACUCGGCCCAGUAUGACCUGAGAUCCGAGACCGCACCCCUCGUGCUGGUUGUCUCCACCACGGGCACCGGAGACCCUCCCGACACUGCCCGCACGUUCGUGAAGAACAUACAGGACAAGACGCUGCCAGCCGAUUACUUUGCCCACCUGUGGUACGGACUGCUAGGUCUGGGUGACUCCGAAUACACCUACUUCUGCAACGGGGGCAAGCUGAUCGACCGGCGACUCCAGGAGCUCGGCGCCCGGCGCUUCUACGGCACAGGACACGCGGACGACGGUGUGGGUCUGGAGCUCGUGGUUGAGCCGUGGGUGGACGGGCUCUGGGCCGCCCUCUCGAAGCACUUCGCGUCCAGCCGAGGAAGCGCGAUGAGCGGGGCCCUCGCCGCCACGGCUGCCUCCGCAGAGUCCGCCCCGGGGCGGCCGGGAGCGCCACCACUUGAGGCCCAGGUGCAGCUCCUCAGGCUGGACGAAGAGGAGGGAGGGGGCGCUGCCGUCUCGGAACCAAGUGCAGCCAGCAGAGGUGGGGCGAGCCCUGCGACUGGAGCCCCCGAGGCCUCCCUGACCUGCUCGGUGCCCCCGCUCGCCGGCGCCUCCCUGAGCAUCCCCGUGGCGCCUCCGGAGUACCUGCAGGUGCACCUGCAGGAGUGCCCUGGCCAGGAGGAAAGCCCAGCACCUGUGACUUCUGCGGAGCCGGUUUUUCAAGUCCCGAUUUCCAAGGCGGUUCAGCUGACCACAAACGACGCCAUAAAGUCCACUCUGCUGCUGGAACUGGACAUCUCGAACACAGACUUCUCCUACCAGCCUGGCGACGCCUUCAACAUCCUCUGUGCCAACAGCGACGCGGAGGUGCAGGGCCUGCUCCAGCGGCUGCGGCUGGCGGACCAUGGGGGACACCGCGUGCACGUGGUCGUCAGGGCUGGCACCAGGAAGAAAGGAGCCGCCUUGCCCCAGCACAUCCCCGAGGGCUGUUCCCUCCGGCGCAUCCUCACCUGGUGCCUGGACAUACGAGCCGCGCCUAAGAAGGCCUUUCUGCGUGCCCUGGUGGACCACACCCCCGACCCUGCCCAGCGGCGCCGGCUGCAGGAGCUGUGCAGCCGCGAGGGGGCAGCCGACUACAGCCGCUUCCUGCGGGACGCCCGCACCAGCCUCCUGGACCUCCUCCUGGCCUUCCCCUCCUGCCAGCCCCCGCUAAGCCUCCUGCUCGAACACCUGCCGAAGCUGCAGCCCAGGCCGUACUCGUGUGCGAGCUCAAGCCUGCUCCACCCGGGGAAGCUUCGCUUCGCCUUCAGCGUGGUGGAGCUCCCGUCAGGCACCGCGCCGCCGGCUCCGCGGAGGGGCGUGUGCACGGGCUGGCUGGCCCUGCUGGCCCAGGCGCUUCUGCAGCGGGCCGGGGGCAGCCCGGCUCCCGAGAUAUCCAUCUCUCCUCGAGCGGCAAAUUCUUUCCACUUACCGGAUGACCCCUCUGUCCCCAUCGUGAUGGUGGGGCCGGGCACUGGUGUCGCGCCCUUCAUUGGCUUCCUCCAGCACAGGGAGAAGCUCCAAGAGCAGCACCCGGAUGGACACUUCGGAGCCACGUGGCUGUUUUUUGGCUGCAGACACAAGGACAGGGACUACCUGUUCAGGGACGAGCUCCGGCGUUUCCAGAAGCUGGGAGUCCUGACGCACCUGAAGGUCUCCUUCUCGAGAGAGGCCCCUGCGCAGGGGCCGGGGGUGCCGGCCAAGUACGUGCAGGACAGCCUACGGCUCCACGGAGGGCAGGUGGCCCAGGCCCUCCUGCAGGAGCGCGGCCGCCUCUACGUGUGCGGAGAUGCCAAGAAUAUGGCCAAGGACGUCAACGACACCCUCGUGGAGAUCAUAAGCGCGGAGGCUGGAGUCGACAAGCUGCAGGCGAUGAAGACCUUGGCCACCUUGAGGGAAGAGAAGCGCUACCUUCAGGAUGUUUGGUCGUAAAAUCAGGAAGUAACGGAAGAGAAUGAAGCGUCUUUGGCUGCAGGUACCAGAAGAUAGUUUCUCUGAAGCUGAGACUUUCACUAUUUUCAACAUUUAAAAAAUACUUUUUAAAAACGUUUUGAGCAGAGGGGGUCGCCCAGGCCCUCCCCGUGGCCUGUAGGCCUGAGCUGAGGCAGCCCCCGCCCCCAGCGCCUCCCGGAGCCCUCGGGUCCUGGGGAACAGAGGCCCCAGCCUGUGAGUCCACACCCCCGCCGCGGCUCCCAGGGCGGGCCGGGCGCCGAGUUGGCUGGGAGGAGGGACCCUGCACCAUGCGCCGCAAAGGGAAUGUGUCCAUUUUAUAGGCGAUGCCCGGGAAGAAGGUCACGUUACUAGAUGUCGGUCACACAUGAACAGCAUAUCUGACUACGUAUUUAUAGAGUUUUAUCAAAUUAUUAUUUAUUGCCAAGAGUAUUUUUCUGAUAAAAAUCUUUUAAGAUAAUGCUUGUAGGGUUUUUUUUUUAAUCAUGCUAGAAAGGUGAAGUAUAUUUUGAAUUUCUCUUCUGGCAGGUGCUCUGUCCGUUUCUCCUUUUUAACCCCCCAGUUCCAGGCUCUGGAAACAUCUGUGUUCAGUGUACAGGCCCCGCAUAGACACUUUCUAGCAAAGCUGCAACUCAGCUCCUUUCUCUUCUGUUCCUUCCUGUCACUCAAGCUGGAGCCUUGCCUUAAAUUAAUGACAAUUAAUAUCCUUAUUUUAAGCUCCUGCUGUGGGUUGAUUUUUACUAUCCCCACACGCUUCUAUUGAAGUCCUUCAGCCCAAGGCGCUGAUGGUGGGAGUUGGGCCUUUGGGGGCGAGGCUGUGAGACUCAGCCCCCAGAAUGGCUCAGUCUGUGCCCCUCAGGCCCAGAGAAGCCCCUCGGCUCCCCCACAUGCGGACACAGGAGGAAACUGGCUCUCUGCCCCCGAGGUGGCCUCGCACGUGUCCCACAAGAAGUAAAUGUCUGCCCUUCACGAGCCACCACCCUGGCCUUAGGCGAUGCCACCUGAGGACUGAGACAGUUGCCAAAGACAGGGUCCCUGGAGAGCAGUCAGGACAGAGCAGCAGUCCGUGAUGGCUGUUUCGCUGGGCUUUAGUCCAUGUUAUUUUUCUUAUGGAGACUGGCAUUUAAAAAAAUCUCUACCUGUCCAGGGCUUCUGGUCAUUUUGAAAAAUUAAGGAUCUGCGGGAAAUAAAAUCUUUUGAUUUGAUAAGGCUUUGUGGCCAUUAUAUUAGGCUCUGGUCUCAUUUUGAGAGAAAAAAUCUGAAAACAAGGGGCAGGGAAAGGUACUACGUGUUGUCACACAUGGUGCUCCAUGUCACACACGUGAUGCUCUGCAUCACACAUGGUGCUCCGUGUCACACACAUGAGGCCCUGUAUCACACAUGGUGCCCCGUGUCACACGUGGUGCUCUGUGCCGUGUGACCACAUGCACACGCUGCACGUGCCGGUCAGAGCAAGCGCAGGCACUGGAAGGGACCGCAGUGUCCUUCCCGAUGAUGACAAAACCUCCGGGAACUGUCCACAGACCUCUGCAGAGAAGGGCCCCCAACCGGGAAGUGCUGGUCACACGUGGGCCUGACCACAAAGCCCCAGUGCCUGGCAUCUCAGCUCCCAGGGGGGCCUCACUAUCCCUCAGCACGGCCCGCAGGCAGGGGUGGAAGCAGGUUGUUUGCGGUGGUGUAUGGGGCAAGCC